AUUAAUUAUUAUGUUGUAAAACUCAGCUCACUAAGAAAGAAUUGUGAAAGGCAAUGGCUACUCUAGAUACUGACGUUCCCAUGGUUCCCGCCGGCGAACCUUCGAGCAGUGCUGGUCCUUCCAGCAGGAAACCCAAGCGAUUCGAGAUCAAAAAAUGGAACGCCGUUGCUCUAUGGGCUUGGGAUAUCGUUGUCGAUAACUGUGCGAUCUGCAGGAACCAUAUCAUGGAUCUUUGUAUCGAGUGCCAAGCCAACCAGGCUAGCGCCACCAGCGAGGAGUGUACGGUUGCUUGGGGGGUUUGCAACCAUGCUUUUCACUUUCACUGCAUUAGCCGUUGGCUCAAGACCCGUCAAGUUUGUCCACUGGAUAACAGUGAAUGGGAGUUUCAGAAGUAUGGUCACUAGAAGCUUCACGUGGUUGUGUAGUUGUAUUCUCAUUUUCAAGCUACUACUGGUGUGAAGGAGGAUUAUAAUUCACUGUGCUCUACUUCUACAAGAUUUGUAUUUUUGGCUGGAUUAAUUUCAUUAGUAGCCUUUUUCUCUGUUAAUUCGGCUGGAUUUAUUUUAAUUUUGAAAGCUUUAGCUGUGUUUGAAAAUCAGUGUUGUGUAUAACAGACUAUCUUGUUUUGUUGUGACCAUUAAACUAAAAACCUAUUUUCUUGAAA